AUGCGAGACGACCGCUGGUCGCGCGGUGCCGACGAUGACAACGGCGACGAUGACCUCGACACCGUCCAUCGCUUCACAAGCCCGUCACCACAUAAACAUCAUGACCACCGCCAUGUCGCCUCAGCCGCUCGUAGCACCUUCACGCGGGAACCCCCCAGGCGCCAUGCCAUGCUGUACACUUCAAGGGCGGACUUGGACCGUUCAAACGGCCAGUUUGAGUAA